GAGAGACAGGGAGAGAGAGAAUUAUUCACUUCUGGGCUCCAGUCAUGUUAAAGAGUCGAGGCUGGUUCUGUUGUGACUUCGACGAUGAAACAGACUUCCUCAGUGUGAGGUAUAGUGCAGCGGUGAGAGAUGGCAGCGGAAGAGACUGGGAAGUGAAAUUCUAAGUCUGUUGUUAAUUCCCAAAGGCAGCAACUCCAGGAACCAGUGACUGUUUUCAGUCACCCAGCUUCACUCUCUGAACUAGAUUGUGCAAUUGGGAAGGAGUCAAGGCAUUUCAACACAGACAUCGGCUGAAUUGGUGUAUCAAACUGCUGGGGCUAACACUGGAACAAGGAGCUGGCAGAGUCGGAGAUAGGAGUGCUCAACUGUGCCCGGUUGCCUUGGCACUAGCAGGAGGUGAAUGACCAGCACCCCCCCGCCACUGCACGUUAACGGGACUCUGGCCCCCAGUGCACGCGGUGGGACUAUGAGAUGGAGAAGAGAAAACAUAUUCAAGCAGAUUUCCCUGUGAAAGUAAUCACCAGCUUAUUGCCAAACACCAGUCUACACGUUAUUACCAAAGAUAUCCAGGAGUGUGAAGGAGCAAUUGUAAAUGACGCGAUCAUGGACAAAACAAACAGAAACACGGUUAGCCAAACCAAAAAAUCACAGAAAAUCAUUCAGAACACACCUCUGGACCUUAUUGACACAGGCAAGGGGCUGAAGGUACAGACGGACAAACCUCACCUGGUCAGCCUGGGUAGUGGUCGCCUCAGUAUUGCUGUCACAUUGCUUCCUCUUGAAGAAGGGAGGACCACAUUUGGCAGUUCUGAUUACCCUCCACAGGACAUUAGUAUCCAGGGACCUGGCAUUGCUGCCCAGCAUUGCUGCAUUGAAAACCGAAAUGGAGUAAUAACACUCUAUCCAUGUGGGAACCUGUGCAUGGUGGAUGGAGUUCAGGUGACCCAACCGAAACGUCUGUCCCAAGGGUGUAUGCUAUGCUUUGGCCAGUCAACAUUCUUCCGUUUUAACCAUCCAGCCGAGGCAUCCAGAAUGAAGAGCAUGAUGUCUGGGAACCGAAACGCUCCAGUGUCCUACUGCCAUUCGCCAGUGUCAGACAUGGUGGGUGGCUUCGGAGUCAUCUACCAGCCUGACUGGGAAGAGAUGGCAGAUUUCCUUCGAUAG